GUAGCGCUGCUGUCUUCACUACCAAGCCGGCUCUGUGUGCUUCAAACAAGCCUCUAGGGACUAUGUGUGAGUGCUCAUUUCUUCUCCCGUAGACGUUCAAUCAUUGCACGUACACGGAAGUGUGCCUAGGAAGUCGUAAUCGUGAUCUUAAAGAGAUUGGAAACACAACGAAGGAGAUCUUGACACCGCGGCAAGGCUUCGCAGUGUGUGUGGAGAAAAACAUCGCCAUCUGUAGAGAUGAUAAGACGAGAUUUGGAGGAGCAACCGGGUUGGCUGCUUACAGAACCGAAGCGGAAGUGACGUCAUGUACGAAAGGGACGAUACCACUGAGUCGCGGGUGGGGGAGGGACAGCAGGCCUCUCAGAAACGUGGCAGCAUGUCAGCGUUUUACGGCAUCAAGGAAACGGCAGACGUGUCGGACUUCGCCUUCGUUCGGCCAUACUCGUCGGAAUCUACGUCAUCUUCGGCAAAUUCCGAAAUGUGCCGAAUAUGUCUCGAAGGUCGCCGAGCGGGAUUUCUGGCCCGCCCUUGCCGAUGUAAGGGGACGAGCGCGUUUGUUCACCUGCCUUGUCUGAAGGAAUGGCUGCUGAAGUCCAACUCCUCCAGGUGUGAGCUGUGCAGGUACAAGUUCAAGACCAAGAGAAGGUGGAAGCCACUCAAGGAGUGGGUCCUGUUCAACCUGUCUCCGGAGAACUCCACGUACCUGAAGAUCAUCCUCGUCAUCAUCGUCCUGCUGCUGCUGUUCACGCUGGCCGGCGUGUACCUGUGCUCGGACGUCGGCACCCUGCACGGCCCCACCAUCAAACAGAAAGACGUGCCGGCAUGGAAAGUCAUGAGUAUAUCGGUGCUGUCGCUGUGCUCCGGCGCCCUGUACGUGAUCGGCUGUCUCUACUGCUGCUGCCACUGCGGAGGCGUCUGGCGGGAGUGGACCGCCAAGAACCAGACGAUGACAAUCCUACUUCCCCGCAGAGUCAUCACGGCCUGGACGGAUCCCGGCCAGUACUUCACCGUCUACAGCGAAAUGAAGAGACCCCGGGAACAAAAGCAGUCGACCUGGCAGGCUCUGACUGAGGAAACACCGCAGGGCUCCCUGGGUAAUGAUGACGUCACGCGCGCUGAAAUACCGCAGGGCUCCCUGGGUAAUGAUGACGUCACGCGUGUUGAAGAAAAUCAAGAUGGCGACCGACCAGGUUCGACCACAUCGAUGACGGUGAGCGGCAGCGCAUACGGCUGGGCCCGUGUGCCGCGCCCAAGCUUCAUCACGAGAAGUAAUACUAGUAACCGAAACUUCCUGUCCCGCUACUUCCGCGGCAACAGGUCUCCGUCUGUCACCCCAGAACUGACGGAGGUUGAUGACGUCACUAGUGAUCAUGAGAUUAGUCGUAUCGACUUGACGGAAGGACUCAUUGAGAUCGGCAUCCUGUAG